UGUUGAGGAGGCUAAUCCCACGGUAGUUGGCGCAGAUUGUGGGGUCUCCUUUUUUAUGGAUUGGGCAUAGCACACUUAAAUUCCAAUCGUUGGGCAUGCUCUCAUCCGACCAUAUUUUGCAAAGAAGCUGAUGCAUGCUCCUUAUCAGUUCUUCGCCGCCGUGUUUGAAUAGCUCGGCCGGCAAUCCGUCUGCCCCUGCCGCUUUGUUGUUCUUCAGGCGGGCAACUGCUAUUCGAACUUCGUUUAUGGUAUCACCUUUAAUAUUAUUUACUGUGUCAGUUAAUUCCGUUAUUGUUUUAAAAAUUUCUGAAUUUGUUGUGAAUUGUUUAUUGUUAUUUAUUACUAGUUCGUCCAAUUUGUCAUUGAUUUUACAAAAUCAUCAUGGUCUGGUGUUCCAGCUAUCCAUUUCCAAAUUGGUUACACCAUAAAGGUAAUUUCGUAGAUUUUUUAGUGCCCAAGCAAUGGCAUAAAAUUCUUUUAGUUGCAAACUGUCUUUCUGUUUUAUUAAGAGUUGCGAUAGUACCGCACCCAUUGCAACGUUAGAAGCAUCGGUAAGUUAUACAAAUGUUUUUGAGUAGUCAGGCUGUAUCAACUCAAUUUCUGAAGAAAACAGUUUUUCUUUUUUUAAUUUAUUCAAUGCAGAUAUUCCUUCCUCAUCUAGAGUUGUUUCAAAUUUUCUGAUUUAUUUUUGGAAAUCCCACAGUUUUUUCCUGGUAGGUAUUUUGUCAAAGGUUUGGCCAUCGCAGUAUAGUCUUUAACAAACUUAAUCCUGCAAGUCCCAACAAUCCUCUUAAUGCUCGCAAACUUUUUGGUAAUGGAUAGUUUAAGAUUAAUUUUAUUUUAUUUGGGCCUAUUUUGCUGACAUUUGGAGCUAUUAUACAACCCAAAAACUCUAUUUCUUGCGCGAAAAAUUUUGAUUUUUCUAAUAAAUUUUUUUCGUUUUUUCGGACUAAGCUACCAACGAACAAAAUCCAUGGAUAAAUAGGAAAGUUGUACAUGAUCAAAUAAAUAUUUCCAAGUCGCGCAAAGUCAAUGUAUACGUAUAUGCGUAUGUAGUGUGCAAAGUAGGGGUGGGAUAUCUAGCUAUGCGCUGUUUCUGUCAAAGUCAAUUUUCAUGUCGUUUUUAGUUUUUAUAAACUCAUUUAUUUAUAUGUUAGUAAUAUAUAUUAAAACAAUGUGUUGUUUUUGUCUUAAGUUGAUGUUCUUACAUUAUAGUCGGAAUGAUUAUGUGUUUUGUUUUGUCGUUUAUUUAGUUAAGGAUCGCUUUCUCUUAUGAGAAACCAACAGUAGUCACCCAUGAUAGCGACGUCCCAGAAACCUUGGUAUCGAUUCUCAAUUAAUUUCAUUUGCUGGUGAAACCUUUCGCCAUGCUCGUCACUUUCGUCUCCCAGAUUUGCCGGAAAAAAUUUUAAAUGGGAAUGCAGAAAAUUAAUUUUUAAAGACAUAUUUACGAUCCGGUUAUGUUCUGUUACAUAUGCGGUGAAUAUACUCUUGUACGGCAUCGGAUGCAGUUUAGAGAUUCGAUCCAAUCUAUAUAUUCAAAAUAUUUUGGUAUUGAGCCUAAAAAUAUUGAUAAACCAUGGACUCCGAAUAUUUUGUGUUCCUUGUGUCGAAUAAUAUUGGUUCAAUGGCAAUCAGGAUCAACAAAGCGAUACAUGAAAUUUAAUGUACCAAUGAUAUGGCGAGAAUAUACAUGCCACUCAGAAGAUUGUUAUAUUUGUAUGACAAAAGUACUUGGCUUUGGAAAAUCAGGAAAAGUGAUUUAUGCUAACGUACCUACCGUUUCAUUACCAGUUCCACAUUCAGCUGAAGUUGCGUAUCCAGUUUCGUUGUCAACAGCAGUAUCUGAAAGAUCAUCUGAAUAUGGGAAAUCAAGUUGUAAUGAAUUUUUAAUGGAAAACGAGAGAAACGUUCUAUCACAAGCGCAACUAAACUAUUGGAUUAGAGAUUUGGUAUUAUCCAAGGAAAAAACUGAGCUACAUGCCUCUCGUAUGCAACAAUUUCAAUUCGUGUCACCCCAUGUUAAGGUGACAUAUUAUAGAAAUCGUCACGAACCAUUUGCCAAACACUAUACGAAGGAAGACAAUGUAUGCUAUUGCAAAGACAUUCCAGGAUUAUUCAAAGAGUUUGGUCAACCAUAUGAUUCCGAGGAGUGUCGAUUGUUCAUAGACAGCAAUAAACUGAGCUUGAAGGCCGUAUUAAUGCAUAAUAGCAACAAAAAGCCCUCGAUCCCGAUCGCGCAUGCAGUAAACACGAAGGAAACAUACGAGGUAAUGGAGAAAUUGUUAAAAUUCAGCAAAUAUGAAGAGCAUGAUUGGAAAAUAUGUGCCGAUCUUACAGUCGUUGGAAUGUUAUGCGGUCUACAAAGUGGCUACACAAAACACUGCUGAUUUCUCUGCAAAUGGGAUAGCCGAGCUCGUAAAGACCACUAUUACAUUAAGGAUUGGCCGGAAAGAGCUGAAUUUACAAUUGGUGUGGAUAAUAUCAGAUACGUCCCACUUGUAAAGAAGGAAAAAAUCAUUCUUACGCCAUUGCUCAUAAAGCUCGGCCUCAUUAAAAAUUUUGUUAAGGCGUUGGACAAAGAAGGCAAAGCAUUCAAUUAUUUGCAAAUUUUUUCCCCAAAUAUUCUCCAGGCCAAGAUAAAAGAAGGUAUAUUUGUUGGACCCCAAAUAAAAAAGUUGAUGAAUAAUGACCAAUUCAAAGGACUAUUGUCACCAGUUGAGGCAGCAGCGUGGGAUUCCUUCGAAAUGGUCGUUUCUUCUUUUCUCGGUAAACACAAAAGUCCAAACUACGAGAAGAUAGUGAGCGACUUAAUCAAAAAUUAUGCAGAAAUGGGUGAUUAUUCAAAACUUAUUUAAUUGAAUUAUAUAAAAUUUUAUAAUUUACUUAUUUACAUUUUCUUCUUUCUCCAGGCGUAAAUAUGUCUUCAAAAAUUCAUUUUCUGCAUUCCCAUUUUAGUUUUUUUCCGGCAAAUCUGGGAGACGAAAGUGACGAGCAUGGCGAAAGGUUUCACCAGCAAAUGAAAUUAAUUGAGAAUCGAUACCAAGGUUUCUGGGACGUCGCUAUCAUGGGUGACUACUGUUGGUUUCUCAUAAGAGAAACCGAUCCUAAACUAAAUAAACGACAAAACAAAACACAUAAUCAUUCCGACUAUAAUGUAAGAACAUCAACUUAAGACAAAAACAACACAUUGUUUUAAUAUAUAUUACUAAUAUAUAAAUAAAUGAGUUUAUAAAAACUAAA